CAGCUCGGCCAGGAUAAGAGACUCCCCCGUUUAGGAAAGCUUUCCUUUCUAGGAAAAGUCGUUGCUAUCGCUUUAAGGCAGGGCUGCGGAUGUGAGAUGGGGAGGAUCGUUGCUCUGCCCUGCCUAGAUCGUAUUUUCUUCAUUUACUGUACCAAAUCCCAGAACAAGGAAAUCCUCAUGAAACACGGGAAUUCUCUCAGAAGGCGUUUAAUCCGAAAAGUGGAAUCUUAACAUCAUACAAGCCUACCCUAUGAGAACUAUAUUGGUCUAAGCGUUGCUGCUUAGCCACAUUUAGUAAACCAUAUCUGACAUGUGUUCACGGCAGAGAAGGGGAGUAGAUCUGUUACAAAACUGGGAAAAUGACUGGAUGCACUUGGGAAGCUAGAAGAAUGUACAGACGCACAUUGCUUGCAUCGACCUUUGGUGGGAGAGAUAGUAUGUGAUACAUUCGCAGAAGAACUGCAAACCGGUCGGGAGCACACCCGACUCCAGUUUUUUCAACUCUUUAAAUCUGGGAAGCCAUCUGGAGAACAUUGUUAUUAUUUUGAGAGAAAAAAAAAACUUUUACUUGCAACUGCAGGCUGAGUUGGCGGGGUUGGAUUUUGAUUAAUAAUAAAACAAUUUUUUCAUUAACUGCAACAAUGGGGCAUCCUCCCUUGGAGUUCAGUGACUGCUACUUGGACAGUCCGGAUUUUAGGGAGAGGUUAAAAUGUUACGAGGCGGAACUCGAAAGAACCAGCAAAUUUCUUAAGGACGUAAUAAAAGAUGGCAAUAACGUUAUCAGUUCAAUCAAGAAUUAUUCGUUGGCUGUUCAGAAGUUCUCUCAUACCCUACAAUCCUUCCAGUUUGACUUCAUUGGUGAUUCACUGACUGAUGAUGAGAUCAAUAUUGCGGAGUCUUUCAAGGAAUUUUCUGGGCUUUUGCAGGAAGUUGAAGAUGAAAGGAUGAUGCUGGUGCAGAACGCUUGUGAUUUGCUGAUUAAGCCCUUGGAAAAAUUCCGCAAAGAACAAAUUGGAGUCACAAAGGAACGAAAAAAGAAGUUUGACAAAGAAAGUGAGAAAUAUUAUUCUCAACUGGAAAAACAUUUAAACCUGUCUUCAAAGAAAAAGGAAUCUCAUCUACAGGAUGCAGAUGUCCAGCUUGAUAAAGAGAGGCUUAAUUUUUAUGAGUCUUCUGUGGAGUAUGUAUAUCAAAUUCAGCAGGUGCAGGACAGGAAGAAGUUUGAUGUUGUGGAGCCCGUGUUGGCUUUUCUUCAGAGUCUGUUUACAUUGAAUAACCUCACAUUUGAAAUGACUCAGGACUUCAUGCCAUACAAACAAGAACUUCAGUUAAGCUUGCAAAAUACAAGAAAUCGCUUUGAAAGCACACGGGAAGAGAUGGAGGAGCUCAUGAAAAGAAAGAAACAAUCUCAGAUGUGCCAAAUUCCUGGCCAGCCAGCUGUCGAAGGAUAUCUCUUCACACAGGAGAAGUGGGCCUUGGGAGUUACAUGGGUAAAGUACUACUGCAAAUAUCACAAAGAAAACAAGGUGUUAUCCAUGAUCCCUGUUGAGCAGAAACCCGCAACUAAGCAAGGACCAACAGAGCUAAAACUAAAAUCCUGCAUUAGACGGAAGACAGACUCUAUAGACAAGAGGUUUUGUUUUGAUAUCGAAACCCAUGAAAGACCUGUACCUGUCACCCUGCAGGCCCUCUCGGAGUUUGACAGAAAGAUAUGGAUGGAAGCAAUGGAUGGAAAAGAGCCUAUUUACCAUUCCCCAAUACACAAGCAAGCAGAAAUGGAGUUGAAUGAAGUAGGAUUCAAGUUUGUUCGGAAGUGCAUCAAUUAUGUGGAGGCGAAAGGACUCACACAAGAAGGGGUUUACAGAACAGUUGGCAGCAACAUCCAAGUACAAAAGCUUUUAAAUGCCUUCUUUGAUCCCAAAUGUCCAGGGGAUGUCGAUUUUUAUAACAGCGACUGGGAUAUUAAAACCAUCACUAGUUCAAUGAAAUUCUACCUCAGGAGUCUUUCUGAGCCAUUGAUGACCUACAAACUAAACAGGGAACUUAUCUUAGCUGCCAAGUCUGAUAAUCUGGACUACAGACUGGGUGCCAUCCAUUCCCUUGUUUACAAACUCCCAGAGAAGAACAGGGAGAUGCUCAACCUGCUGACCAGACAUUUAGUCAAUGUGUGCAAUCACAGUGAAGAGAAUCUUAUGACCCCUUCCAACAUGGGAGUGAUCUUCGGGCCAACGCUAAUGAGAGCCGAGGAAGAGACUGUGGCAGCAAUGCUCAAUAUCAAGUUUCAGAACAUUGUCAUUGAGAUUCUUAUACAAGACUAUCAGAAGAUCUUUAGUGCCGCACCAGAGGAAAGCACAGCUCCUCCUAUUCCCCCGCCCAGAGUAAACCCAAGGAAACGGCAGCCAAUCACCAUCUCCAAACGUCCACCUCGCCCUCGGCCUGUUCUCAACCACUGCCAGUUUGAGAAUGCUGAUGUUGACUCCAACAUUGAUGCUGAAAAUGGCGGCAAGUCAGAUGGAACUGAAACAGAUGACACCUCUCAAGCCAGCCCUGUUCCACUCCAGCGGACAAAAUUAGCAAACUAUGUUCCCCAUGUCAAUGUCAAGGAGUCUGGACAAAAACAGGCCUUGGUGCCUAAGGUGGCCCAUCGUCCUGAAAGACACUCUGACUCUGACGUUGCGAAAUUGGUGGCUAGGCUGCAGGAUGGGGGACAGAAACCUGAUAAUGCAACGGCCAAUGGGGAGACAAGCAUCAAUGUGACCAGAGCAUCUUCUUUUCAGAAUCGAAAACCUCCCCCUCGCAGCACAGCUUCUGGGGAUGGGGACAGUGUAUUAAAAGUGAAAUCACCAUCAGAGAAGCACAUGAUCACCAGGCCUCCAAUGAGACCUCCUGACCCACCUACUAGAUGUCCAGCACCGGCAAAACCACCAAAUUUAGGUGCCACAGAGGAAACCACUGUAUCUUAUGUUGCUUCCAAAGCCAAGUUUUUCGAGAAUGCCUCAAGACAAAUCGUGAGUUCAUCUCCAGCUUCUGCUGUGCUAAAUGUGAAAGAAGAGAGUUCAAAAUGAUCAACUCCUGGCAGAAUACAGGUCACACAUUCUGAGAUUGGAGCUGUGUUCUAGGGAUCAUAUUCCUUUGACAUGAACCAGGAUAUAGGUUCUGCUUGGGAUCAAUGAGUGUGAACUGAGUGCUGAAUGUAUUGUACAAAUGUGUUAUGGCAUGAUGCUCAAAAUGAAUUGCCCGGUUCUCGUUUUCUGUUUCUAUAUUUUAAUGGGUUAUGUUAAAUGUAUUGUUUUUCAGUGAGUCUAUCAAUGUACAUGCCUUAAUAUGAUGUUAUAAUGUUUCUGUAUUUUCAAGUGGUGGUGCUCUCUAUGUGAGCUUCGUGUUAUAAUCAUGACACCAUGUCCAGCCACUACUUUUCUGAUUGGACCAUUAAAGGUUGCAUUUCGUUUUCUUUUUGCUGAAAUGAAAAUAAAAAACAAAGAAAUAAACUUUAUUAGUCAAACUGGGAA